UCUAGCGAUAAAUUAAAUAUAGAAGAAUUAAAGAGAAACGAAACCUAAUCCGUUAAACCUCACCGGCGACGAAGAAUGGCACUCUCCUCUCCUUCGCUCCUCCGUCUUCUUCCUCACCACCCCUUCACUCUAACAGCCUCAAAACGACACCGUUUCUUAUCCUUAAACCAUGAACCUUCAUCAUCCUCCCUCGUCGUAGCCGCCGUCUCUUCAAAACCCUCCACCGGGACAAAACAAAAGUCUAAAUCCAAAUCCAAACCUCCUCCUCCUCCGCCGCCUCCAGUUACUACUGUUUCUCAUGAAGUGGGAACAGAGGACUCAGAAACGGUCAACAUUGCAGAAGACGUCACUCAAUUGAUUGGAAGCACACCGAUGGUGUAUCUCAACAGAGUCACUGACGGGUGUGUUGCUGACGUUGCUGCAAAGCUAGAGUCAAUGGAGCCUUGUAGAAGCGUCAAAGACAGGAUUGGUCUCAGCAUGAUUAACGAGGCAGAAGACAGAGGAGACAUAACUCCGAGGAAGAGUGUGUUAGUAGAGCCGACGACCGGAAACACUGGCCUAGGGAUAGCUUUUGUGGCUGCGGCUAAAGGGUACAAGCUUAUAGUGACUAUGCCGGCUUCUAUAAACGUUGAAAGAAGGAUGCUUUUACGCGCACUAGGAGCGGAGAUCGUGCUGACGAGUCCAGAGAAGGGACUUAAAGGUGCGGUGGAGAAAGCCAAAGAGAUUGUUCUCAAGACCAAGAACGCAUAUAUGUUUCAGCAGUUUGAUAAUACGGCUAAUACAAAGAUCCAUUUUGAGACUACAGGACCAGAGAUUUGGGAAGACACAAUGGGUAAUGUAGAUAUAUUUGUUGCUGGGAUUGGAACUGGUGGGACUGUAACAGGUACAGGAAGUUUCUUGAAGAUGAUGAACCCUGACAUUAAGGUAGUUGGCGUUGAACCAUCAGAAAGAAGUGUGAUCUCUGGAGACAGUCCUGGUUAUGUACCGGGAAUCUUGGAUGUUAAGCUACUUGAUGAAGUGUUUAAGGUAAGCAACGAGGAAGCAAUUGAGAUGGCAAGAAGACUAGCUUUGGAGGAAGGAUUACUGGUCGGAAUAUCGUCUGGAGCAGCUGCAGUAGCAGCAAUAAGCUUGGCUAAAAGAGCUGAGAACACUGGGAAACUUAUCACGGUUCUGUUUCCGAGCCAUGGGGAGCGGUAUAUCACAACAGCUCUGUUUAGUUCCAUCAACAAAGAGGUUCAAGAGAUGAGCCAUUAGUAGUAGCAGCUAUACGAAAAAGCCUUGAAGUAGCGUGUAAAAUUCAAGUCUCUCUGCAACAUGGAAACGUUUUUGCGAUAACUUCACAAGCCUAAAAGCCUUUACAGGUUUUGAGAAGACCACGCGGGGAUUAAGAGAUGGAUCAAACAGUUUUUUUUUCCAAAGAUUUUGUGAUGUAUAUCUUACCAGUCUUGCAUCUUUUCUCACUCCUAUCUUGAGGAUCAAGUUACGGAACUAAACAAUAUUGCUUUUAACUUUGUUUUUUGUGUUGUAGUUAGAUGGAACCAAACAUACAGUUAGAAGAUAAUAUAAACUUAGCUAUUACAAAUUGU